AUGUUCAACACUUCACUAGACUAUUCAAUUCCUCUGACGGUCCAGAACUCUGGCUGCUGGAUGUCGAAGAUGUCCGCCACCAACUCAACGGUUCUGCCUGACGAUGGACAGUCCACCGGCAGUAUGGUGAUAGGCUAUGUGGUGUUGUUGAUCUCCUGCACCUCCUUCGGCACCAUGUUCACUCCGUUGAAACGGCGAGACACUAAAGAUGGGUUUUUCGUACAAUGGGUAGAGUGCAGUGUAGUACUAUGUGUUGGAUUUGUGAUCAACAUCAUUAGAGGAUUCCCUCCAUUCGAAUGGGUAGCCGCAAUCGGUGGAGUACUUUACGCAACUGGUAACGUAUUGUGUGUGCCGAUAGUUAAUGGACUUGGUAUGGGUAUCGGUUUUCUCAUAUGGGGAUCCAUGCAGAUCAUCGUAGGAUGGUCGGUAGCUCGUUUUGGAUUAUUUGGUUGGCUUGCUGCCACCCAUGUUAAGCACAAUUUAUUGAACUACGUGGGAAUGGUGAUCACCCUUAUAAGUGGUGUUUUAUUCAUAUUUGUCAAACACGGAAAUCACGAAUCCAAGCCCACUAUUUCAUAUGAUGGAGACCAAGACAUGAAUUUGAACCUCGAAGCACCGCCAAGCCCUCCUCCUUAUAACUCGACGAAACCAGCAAUCGAUAAGGCAGAGUUGUUACGGAAAAUUCCUUACAUCCUAAUGACAUGUGUGCUUGCUAUACUUCAUGGGCUAAUGAUGACUCCGAUUUCAAUCCUUGAACAACGCCAUCCUUCACACGAUGAGUACAAAGUGUUCGACUACAUCUGGUCAUUCUACUCCACAGUAUUCUUUUUCUCAACAAUCUACUUCUUUCUGUACUGCUUAGUACGUCGCGAAAAAGCGUAUGUGGAUCGACAACUGGUGAUACCGGCAGCGCUUUACGGGUUACUGUGGUCCUCCGGGAUGACGUUCUGGUUCGUAUCCAGUCAUAAAUUGUCGCAAGUGGUCGCCUACCCGAUAACCACACGGUUGCCCGCUAUUAUCAGCGCUUCAGUUGAUGUCUUAAUUUUCAAGUCUAUUACGGGUCGUAGCAACUUACUUUUCCUUACUGGAGCAAUUGGAGUGGGUAUCGUUGGAGUGGUUUUGAUAGCGCUAUCGAAUCAAAGUUUUUAA